AUGCCAAGGCGUGUGAGACGAAAAUUGAAAAAUCUGAAGAGAAGUUAUGUUGCUUGUGUUGAUCACAACAAAGUCAGCGGAAAUGACCGAAAGAAAUGCAACUUCUAUGACGAACUUCACGAAAUAUUUUCGAAAGAUGAUGCCAUCGCUCCAAAAACAUUGUGCAGCAACAUUGAUGGUAAACGGAGCAAAGAUGCAGUCAAGAGUGUUAAAAAUUCCAGUUCCACAUUGAGUUCCACAGGUAGUGACACAGGAGCCUGUGGUUACAAAAGCAAAGAAAAAGAAGUUACUAGAGCGGAAGAAAAGAGAAGACCUCGUUGGGCUCUUUAAGGAAUUUACACAAGACAGGAAAGAGGAAGAAAAGGAAAAGAUUAAAAAGUUUGAAAAUAUGCACAAUGAACGCAUGGCACUCAUCGGCCGAUUUUUGAAUGUUUUUGAAAAAUCAUUGAACAAAGAGUAA